AUAAAUUUUCGAUUCGAUUUGACAUUGUUUUCGAACGGAUAAAAGGUAAUUGAUUUUUUUCAACAUUGGAUUACUAAAAAAAUUGUAUUUUUAUUUAACUUUGUUUUGUAAAUACAUCAAAUAAAAAUGGCGGAAAAGAAAUCCAAUGAGGAUGAUGGCUCGGUCAUUCAAUCGGAAGAUCAGGAGACAGAUAUGAUGAACAUGUUUGCGAGCGUGUGGGUUAAAGUUGAGGUCGAAGAAGAGAAUGACUUCAGUAACAGUGAAGAUAAGAAACCUAGUGUACGCAGUAAGACUAGACGGAAGGGAAAAAAGCGAAAAUUUACAAAAGUACUCAACUGCGAUGAAUGUGAUUACACGACAGUUUACAAAAAUUGCUUAGACCUUCAUGUGGCUGGUCACAAGGAUUCGAAGCCGUUUUCAUGCCAGCUCUGCGAAUACACGACCAAAUACCCCACCUCCCUCCAACGGCACGUCAUGAUAAAACAUCCGUCUGAUGACGCGAGCGUAUCAGAGAAGGACAAGAAGCCACUGCCGAUGCACAAGUGUGAUGAAUGCGAAUAUUCAUCGUACUUCAAAUGGAAUCUUACCGCACACAAACGAAAGCACAAGCAAGAAAAACAAUUCAAAUGCCCACACUGCACAUACGCAACGGCAUACAGACAUAACUUCGUGAAACACUGUAAAGUCCACAACGAAUGUGUGUUUUAUAAAUGCGACAAGUGUCCGUUCGUGACGAAAUUUGAAGGUCACAUAACAAGACAUCUCGCGAAGAUCCACAACGAGGUGACGGAGAAAGCGAAUAAAUGUGAAUACUGUGACUUUUCAACGAUGGUCCGUUGGAGAUUGAACAUUCACCAGCAACGGAGCAAGCAGGAAGCGCCAAUGAAAUGCGAGUACUGCGAAUUCGAAACUGCGUACAUGUGUGAGAUUAAACAGCACAAAGUGUCCCAUUAUAACAGGAUAUACGGUUCUGGAGUUAUACAAAACAAAAUGCCUGAAGAUAUACAGUUACCCCCCAUGGAUAUACAGGAGAAAUCCGACUAUAUAACCCAGGAGACACUCGAUAAAAGAGACACGCAAAACCAGUACACACUCGAUCCGAACUGCUUAGAUUGGAACAGUAUACAGGUUUUGGAAUCUGAAGACAAGGAGAGACCAUUCCUGUGCCACAUGUGUAGUUACACGUCGAAGUUCAAAGCGGCUGUUCAGAGGCAUUUUCAAAGACACCACACCGGCAGCCAGAACCGUCCCUAUAAAUGUGUGAACUGUGACUUCUCGACGAAAACCAAAGAUCAGAUUGCAUUACACAAUAAAAGGAGUCAAUCGGAUAAAGUUUUAUUUUGUACCAUUUGCAGUUUUACAACGACUUACAAAUGCCAGCAUGUUAUGCACCAGAAAUGUCACUACGCAUUUAAAUGCACGCUCUGCCAUUACUCGUGUAGACAUAAAUAUGAACUCCAAAAACAUUUCACGACGUUACACUUGGGCAACGGACUGAAAUGCAGCUUCUGUGAUUAUAAAGCAGCUAGAAAAGAAAGUCUUCUGUGCCACGAGACAAUACACACAGGCAACAAACCAUUUAAAUGUACGUACUGUUCCUACAUGUCCGUACGUAAAUCGUUGCUGGACAACCACGUGAAGAGAUACCACAGUGAUAUUAAGAAGGACGUGACUAUAGUAAGUGAGAAGAAGAUACAGUCGUUGAAAGUUCCGAUGCCAUCGUUGAUUGAUAGUUUGAGGGGGCACUGUGACCAAAUUCCUAUAUCAGAGUAACUGAUUAUUGUACUGAUAUAUAAAUUUUAAGGGAAAUCGUUUCAGGAUAUGGCAACAGUUACAAAUAGGCUUGAACUCCUUUGAAAUGUUAUUUUAAAAUGACAUUUUAAUCGUUUUACAGCAAUUUCUAAUUUUUAUAAUGUCUCGAGUUAUUGCACUUUUUUUUUAUGUUAGAGGUGGCAAACGAGCAGGAGGCUCACCUGAUGGGAAGUGA